AUGAAGUUCGAUUUUCAUGCUGAGCAUGUGAUUACUGGAUCGGUCGAUCCCACCGGAAGAGAAAAUUUUGUACUGUCCAAUUCCGGACAUUAUAGUGAAGAGGCUCGCCAAAGUAUGAUCAAAACAAACCAAGAAUUGCUGGCUAGCGGUUCCCCACACGGUGUCCUCAUUCAACAUCAGUUGAUAAUAUGGGCAGCCAAGUUAGACGAUGCUGGACGAUAUUUUGCCGUGGCUCGCAUCCCGACCGGAAACGGAUUGGCGGCUAUGAAAGAAAUGGAAUUUCGACUCGAAGUGGAACUCGUUAUUAUGCCAUUGUUGACUUCCGAGCAGGAUAUGUCCGAAGUAACUCUCAGCUCAUUUUCCCGCAAAUACGCUGUGAUAUCAAGUCCCUACAAACAAAAAGUAGCGUCGGUCUCCGUGGGCUAUUUGAGACAGUUGAUCCUACGCAUUUCCAACCCGGUCAGUGAAGAUGUGGCCACCUACACUUGCCGUGCUUGGAACUAUAAUGGUCGUACGGAAACCACUGUGAAAGUCACACCGACCGACCUUCGAAGCGAACGUUCAUAUUCCAUGGAACAUAACAUGCAAUACAAUUCAAUAUCAGAACGCCUUCAACAAACUCAUUCCAGCGUUCUCAAUUCGGCCAAGAACGUAGAAGAUACGGCGAUUACGCUCUUUGAGGUGGCUGAACAAUCUAUGAGUUUGCACUCACGUGUCCUUGACUUGGAACGUCGAUUUUACUCCCACUCCUGUUCGUCCACUGUCCCACGUGAUUCGGUUCCGAUUCCAUUUCGUCAUCACAGCAAUACAAGUUCCAGUCCACCGGUGACAAUUCGACCGUACACGCGUCGAGAAGCUGAACCUAUACCCCUAUCAGAUACUCCGAUUUCUCCGACGUCAGAUGUGGGAAGUGAAAUUUCCAGUAUUAUCAGUUCACCUUUCCAAAGAAACAGCUUACGCCGAUCCAGUGCCCCGAAAAUCGUCAUUGAUCGACGCUCUCAACGACGUCGCACUCGAUCAAGAGGAGGAACUACGACUGAUGAAAAUGCGAUAACCAAGCUUUGA